UUUUUACUAUCUUUAUUUUAUUUUAUUUUAUUUUUAUUUUUUUUAUAAUAAAUUUCGAAUAAUAAUUAUAAUCAUGACUAUCUCUGUUGGUGACUCUCUUCCUGAUGUUAAUCUUACCUAUGUUCCUUAUGAACCUAACCGUGACCCUAUGGCUUGUCCUAUUCCUAUCAAGUACAACCUUCAUAAAGAGCUUAAGGGUAAGAAAGCUGUUAUCUUUGCCAUCCCUGGUGCUUUCACACCUCUUUGUUCUGAACAACAUGUCCCUGCCUUUUUACAAAAGUAUGAUGAAUUGAAGAAGAAGUCUGUUGAUGUUGUUAUUUGCACAGCAGCCAAUGAUGGUUUCGUCAUGUAUGCCUUUGGACAACAUAUGGGAACUCAAGAUAAGAUCAUCAUGACCUCUGAAGGUGGUUCUGGAUUUUUUGAAAAGAUGGGUUUGACAUUGGAUUUGACAGCUAUGGGAUUAGGUAUUCGUUCUCAACGAUUUGCAAUGAUUGUGGAUGAUCUUAAAGUUACUUAUCUUGGUGUUGAUCCCUCUGGUCUUGAAAAAUCUGGACCUGAUGCUGUUCUUGAGAAUUUGUAAAAAAAAAAAAGAAAAAUAAAAAAAUAAAAAAGAGAGAAAAAAUAUUCUAAAUUAGCUAAUAAUAAAGUAGCAUUAUAGUUCUUUUUUUAUAUAUUAAUAAAGUAAAAUUCUUUUCUAAAGUCAAUAAACAUUAUCCUAUUUUUAUUAGAUA